AUGUCACAGCAAGAUAUAAUAACUCAAGUGUCACCGGAGAGUUCGUAUUCAAAUAAUCUAUCAACUACAAAUACGGCAGCUCAUAACGGAUCAGAAGAUCAGUUAUCCGAAACAUAUAAUUCUUUAAUUCAUUUGAAUGUAAGAGGGAAAAAUUUCACAAUAACAAGAGAUGAAUUAAUGAGUUUACCCGAAAGUAUCUUGUUGUGUUUAUUUCCCAAUGGUGUAUUUUUAGAUAUUAAUGGACAAAUUAUUACAAACUUAACUGAAAAUGAUGUUGUUUAUGUUAAUUUUGAUCCUAGUUGCUUCCAAUAUAUUAUUGAUACUUUUGCCAAAGCUCAAAGAGAUUUGGAAACAUCACCAUAUAAUAAUAAUCAAUUAUCACCAACUAUAAGUAACAACAGACAUGUGAAUCAACAAGAAAAUAUUUUACAAACCAAACCUGCUAUUAUUGUGUUACGUGAGGAUUUAGAUUUUUAUGUAAUACCUCCCAUUGAAGGAUUAGAUAUGACUCAAAUGAAAGAAUUGAAACGAGGUGUUAGUAAAGUGUUACUAAGGAACAAAUUAAUUUUCUCCGGAUUAGGUUAUAAAUUUACUGAUGAUGAAUUAUAUCAAUAUAAUGAUCAUGAUUCUUUAAAUGAUGAAAAACUUCAAGAUGCAAAUUCAAAACAAGAUAAUAGUAAAGGAUUAGGACCUGCAGAACAACAUCUUUUUGAUAUGUUAUGUUCGUCGGGUUUCGAAGUUAAAGAUAAAUGGGGAAGUAGGAGUUUGGAACCUGGUAAAUGUGUAAUAUCAUCAUUGUCAUUGGUUAGACUAAGAACAAAUAGUCAACAAGAUAAAACUCCAACUCCAACGCCUCCCGAAUCACCAACAUUAACACCAGUUACAUCAACAACAAGUAAUAAUGGAAAUUCAAGGUCAAGAUCAAGGUCAAGAAUUGCACAAUUAGCAUCAAGUGCAUCUAGGGCUGCUUCAAGAUCACUAUCUUCAAAAAGAAAUUCUAAUAAAGUAGAUCAAAAUCAAACUAAAUUAUUAUUAUUUUGGAGAAAACCUGCAAGAAAAUGUUGGUGGAGUCAUGGAUGGAUAAAUAUUGCAUUGGAUAAAUCUAAUUUACUGGUUAUUGAAAAAGCGAACGAUGGGAAUGAUAAAAUUAAUUUGAAAGUCCAUGUUAGAAGAGUUUGGACUUUAGAAUUAUCUGUUAUUGGUGUACAAUGA